ACCAGGCAAUUUUAGGCGCCCUGUUUUACUCCGCGGAUUUGACUGAUUGGUUGACUGAAGGUGGAAGUUAACCAAUUGACAAUUUGACAGAAAAACUAAAAAUUGCCUUAUUCAUGCAAGCUCGCCUACUAUGCGUAGUAACUAGAAAUAUCUGAGGAGGUUGUUGUUGUUGUUGUCAACAUUAACUUUCAACGAUCAACUUCGGCGCUUGAUAGUUACAUGCAUCACAUGAUGUAGCCGCGAGGUCCAGCGGCUCGCUCCGAAACUCCAACCUGCUCGAUCCGGGUUUUUUGGCUUGCAAUAUCGCACCUUGCAACUUUACACCGGACCAAGAAAACGGGGCCAAUGGCUCGUAUUUGGAGAAGGGGUUUUUGAAGAACACAUCAGCCCGCGGGCGAACAACUUAACCAUAGUGCGACCCGUCCCUAACUAUCCCACUGCGUGAGAUACGACUACCUCUUUCUUCCGCGGCAAACUGUGAGCAUGGGUAUGAUGGGUACGAGUAUGGUUAAUAAUAUCGCUGCUACUGCUACUACUACUACGACGCCGACUACAACUGCUAUGGUCCACAAUUACACCCGUCUGGCGCCAGAUGUAUCUUCUCAUCCGUGAGGGAAGCUAGACGCAUGAUCUCCAGGAGAAGCGUAAAGGUUUUCCAUAGGCAUACACACAUACAGCGCAUAACCUAGCCGCUAUAGGGGGAUGAAAUUUAUGCGCCUCUUUCGAAAUAAAUUGAGAAGAAAUUGAGAAGGACGCGGUCGAUAUAAUAUCGAUAUAAUACCAAUCCCUACCUUAACCCCCUUAGCUAUCCUUUACGAUCCUCAAAAAAAAAAAAAAAAAAAAAAAAAAAAUGAAGCCCGCCGCCUCAUCUCCUACGAAAAGCGCGGCUCACAGGAAAACGUCCCCACAACCGCAAUCUUCCACAAAUGAAUUCCGCAAAAUAAAAGCGCAAUGGGCGAGCGCGAAGGCUUUGGCAGAGGAGGAGGAGGCGCAGAAGGUUGCUGCUGCGCAGAAAAUAAGGCAGCGUGCUACAUUGGGUGAGGGUGAGGGUGUGGGUGCGGGUGCAGGUGCAGGCCGAGGUACGGCGGGCGAGGAAGCGCUAGUAAAAGCUGCGAAGGAAAGAGAUGUGCAGAGGAAUAAAUUGAAGGAGAGGUUGUUUACGAUUGAACAUGCGGGGGUGUUGGGGGUUUUAGGGUGGUUUUUGUUCGUUCAUCUCGUUGGUAUAUUCUUCUUUACCAAGGGAUUCCUAUUAGCGCGGUUGGUGUUGGAGAAUAAAUCGGAGUGUACUGUGCUGCCAUUUGAAGGAACAGCAGCAGCGGCGGUGGGUGCAGAUUCGUCACAGGUUGCGACAGAUCGAGGAUGCUGGCAUCCAAAAACAUUUGAUAAAGCUAUUGUCUUAGUAAUAGACGCUCUCCGAUAUGAUUUUACCGUCCCCUUCCGGCCAAUCGUAGAAGGAGAACAGCCUCAACACUUCCACAACCAUUUCCCCAUCCUAUACGAAACUGCCGUAGAGUCACCCGACAAGGCCUUUCUGCUUCCCUUCAUCGCCGAUGCACCCACAACCACACUACAGCGACUCAAGGGCUUGACAACAGGCACAUUACCCACGUUCAUAGACGCUGGCUCGAAUUUUGCCGGCACGGCUAUCGACGAGGAUAACCUCAUCGCGCAGCUACACGGCGCGGGAAAGCGAAUCGUGCAUUUGGGGGAUGAUACGUGGCAGUCGCUGUUCCCUGGCCUUUUCGACGCAGACCUAUCACACCCGUACGAUUCGUUUAAUGUCCGUGACCUGCACACGGUCGACAAUGGGGUUAUAGAGCAUCUAUUCCCGCUCCUGCAUGCGAACAAUGCGACGAAGUGGGAUGUGGUCGUUGGCCACUUUCUCGGAGUUGACCAUGCGGGCCAUCGAUACGGGCCGAAUCAUGCAGCCAUGGCGGCGAAGUUGAACCAGAUGGAUCAAGUCGUACGCGAUGUCAUAAGAUCUAUUGAUGAGUCGACUCUGCUUGUUGUUAUGGGGGAUCAUGGAAUGGAUGGCAAGGGUGAUCAUGGGGGCGAGUCGGACGAUGAGGUUGAAGCUGCGUUGUGGAUGUAUUCGAAGCGGGCGGGGGUCUUUGGGCGGACGAAUGAUAUGGUCCUAGCACCGCCGCCGACGGCGAAGGAACGGCCCGUCCCGCAGAUCGACUUUGUUCCGACGCUGGCGCUGCUACUGGGAAUCCCCAUUCCGUUCAACAGCCUCGGAUCGCCAAUUGAGGAGGCCUUCUCUGGCACGGGCGGGCGCGACUUGGGCAACUUGGUCCGUGUCAAUAGGCUUGCGUCUGCGCAGAUUAAACGUUAUCAGCAUGAGUAUGCACUUGCGAGGGGCGUUGAUGAGAGUCAUACCUCUGGACCAUUAGGGAUCUGGGCUCGUGCGGAAGAGGACUGGAAUUCCAUGUCUCAGCAUCAGCAUCAGCAGGGUGGGUCAGAUCGACAUCGACCGGUCCUUCAAAAGGUAUACGAGUCGUACCGCGAGUAUCAGCGAGAUACGCUGCAUGUCUGUAAGGGUCUGUGGGCUAGAUUUGAUGUCCCCAGCAUGGUUCAGGGGAUAUUGAUUCUCUUCGCUGGCGUUGUCCUGUUGGUAUUCUAUGCUCGAGGGAUUCGGGGCGACCGCACUGAUCUUUCAUACCCCACGCUCCGGCGGAUAGGAGCUGGUUCCGGAAUUGGUGUAAUGGGCGGGAUGAUACUAACUGGAACGCGGAUCGUCCAAUUAUCCCGUAUACAGGGACUCGUGCUUGGCAUAGCCGUUGGCGGAAUUUUGGCAGUAUCGUCGACGGUCUUGUGGGUGCCGAAACGGAUAUUUUCACCCCUGCCAAACUCGCUCUGGGCAUGGCUCGCGGUUAUAUUUACGGUGUCACAGUCUGUAGGGUUCGCGUCCAACUCAUACACCAUCUGGGAAGAUCAGAUACUAUUUUUCUUCCUAACGACCUUUGGCGUUGUGGCCGCUCUAUCUUCACUGCGUCAGAAGCGUACGGAAGAUAGGGUGCUUGGAUUUUACCAUUCCAUCGUCUUCGUGGUCCUCGGGAGAAUAGCAUCUCUCUCCCGCGUCUGUCGCGAAGAACAGAUGCCCUACUGCAUAUCUACAUACUACGCCUCCUCAACGUCAUCUACUUCUGCAUGGUGGCAUCUAUUUAUCCCUCUCCUGGUAGCAAUAAUCCUACCCUCCGUCAUCCGCUCCUACUACCGGGGCACCAAGUCAUACGAGGGCUCUGCUAUAUUCUGGAUCGGCAUCGCCUUCCGCACUGGCCUCUUCAUCGUAGCCGUUUUCUGGACUAUCGACGCUGCUGAAGAUGGCGAUUGGUUCCCCUCCCUCUCCAAAUCCAUGGUUAAAAAUACCCGCGUGGUCCUCGCUCAGGUCGUCCUAGCCAUCGCCUUCGCCGCUGGCACCACAACCUUCGGGUGGGCCAAACCUUGCAUCAGCGUCGCCAUGACCCCCAACCCCAAAAACCCAGCAACGCCUACCACCUCACCACAACCUCAGCCAAAAACCGUAGUAACAAUCCUCGGCUACGCCAACGUCCAUGGCACGCGCUACGCCAUCCUCCUCAUAAACUUCGCCCUAGCCAUAAUCCUCCUCCAAAAGCCCAUGGGCGGCGGCACCAUCGGCCUGCAAACCUGGCAAAUCCUCUCCCUGCUCGAAAUCCUCGAUACAAAUGGGCUGACGACGAGCAACUCGGCAAUCGGCCCCGUCGUGCUGGGUCUCCUGGGCUCCUUCCACUUCUUCACCACGGGCCACCAGGCUACGCUGAGCAGCAUACAGUGGAAAAUCGCCUUCGUGCCUCUCACCACGGUCAAGUAUCCCUGGUCUCCUCUCGUUGUUGUAUUGAAUACCUUUGGUGCACAGAUACUCUCCGCCGUCGCCGUGCCGCUGACCGUGUUGUGGAAGCGUCCUAUUGAUGCCCGUGGCGGCCCGCUGACACCGUCCUCCUCAUCGACUCAGGCGCAGGCGCAUUCGCAGACGCAGACGCCAGCAGCUCCUACUAAAUCGCCAUCCAAGAACGGCGCGAGCCGGCUCCUCUCUGACGUCGCGCAGGCGGCGGCGACGCAUAUCCUAUACUAUGCCACGAUCAACCUGGCGACGACAAUGUGGGCGGGCUGGUUGCGCAGACACCUGAUGCUCUAUCGGAUUUUCUGUCCGCGGUUCAUGAUGGGGGCGGUGGUGUUGGCGGUUGUGGAUGUGGUUGUGCUGUUUGUUUCGGUGGCUGGGGUAAGGUGGAGUACGCUUAGUGUUGGGGAGGUAUUUGGGUGGAGCUGAGCGGGCGGAGUGAGAAGUGGGUUCACGAGAAGAAGAUGAGGAGAGGAAGAAGAAUCUUGGGGAAAUUGGGUGGCCUAGGCACCCCAUAUACCUUCCUAGAAUAUCUAUCUGACUAUGCAGGUAAUUUAACUAGGUCUUGGAGAGACUUGUUUAAUAUGUUUUGAUUCCUUUUUGGCGAUCUUUUGGGAACCUUUUUUUUCUACUUCAUUGUCUUAACAUGUAUAUAGUUAUUAUCCUACCUAUUUUACUCCUUUGCAUAUAUCAUUUAAUAAAUAGGAAUCAAUCACGACAUACUAGACCA